AUGUCAUCAGAUCCCGGUGAAUGGAAGUUUGUCAUGGAUAACAUGAGACAAUUUUUGGUAAAAAAAGUUCCAGUGCAAAUACACAAUUUUGCCUUUCCUGUAAACAACAAAGGUAGACAAUUUUCACCUUCUUUAUACAAUCGAAAAUUGCCAAACGGAGCACAUGCUGUGCGAUCCUGGUUAAUUUAUUUACAAUCUCAAGAUUCGGACAAAAACAGGUUCGAAAUUCAUUUUUUAGGAUUCAUUCCCGUAGCGGAUACUUCUGGUAAAGGCCUAACUGAAAAUAUUCUUAAAGAACUAGAAGAUAAUCAAAUUUAUUUUGAAGAUAUGAGAGGCCAGGGAUACGAUAAUAGUUCGAACAUUAAAAGAAAAAGAUUGGGUGUUCAAAGCAGAAUAUUACAAUUAAAUCCACGUUCAGUUUUUGUUCCUUGUGCAUGUCAUUCCCUCAAUUUAUUUGUUAACGAUGCAGCUUCUGCUUCAGAUGAAAAUCGGGACAAUCAAACGAAACUUGAAGCCCAGUCAUUAUCAAAAAAAGUUUCUUGUUUUAAAUUUAUUUGUAGCCUAAUUAUGUGGUACGACAUUUUAUCAAAAGUAAAUAUUGUAUCAAAAAUAAUGCAGUCUCCAAAUUUAAAUUUAUUAAAUUGCAAUAAUGCUUUGAAAGAAGUUUUGGUUUUUUUAAACAAUUACCGUCAGGAUGAAACCUUUGUAAAAGUCGUCGAUGAAGCAAAGAAAAUAGCCGAAAUUCUUAUGAUUGAUAAUAAAUUCCCAGAUGUUUCAACGAUUCAAAUUCGUAAAAAGAAAGGCCAUUUUAAUUACGAAUCCAAUGACCUGCCUAUUAUAGAUUCACAGCAAAAUUAUAAAGUCAACUUUUUCUUCAACAACUGGACACCGCAAAUAAUUCAAUCGAUGAAAGAUUUGAACAGUUAA